AUGAGCUCCCAAAACCGUACCAACAGUGGCUUCGACGAUGGUACCUUAUGGGGUCCUCAGUCUGGCGACUCCUUUGACUUUACACCUCGCUUCGAACAAACAGUCUUUACACUGAUUCCCAGUUGUGUACUAAUCGCAUGCUCUCCUUACUAUGUUUGGAAAAUAUUCAACGGAUCUAGACUGGUGAAAUGGGGCUACUUAUUCUGGCUAAAACUUACGACUAGUUUGAUACUGUUGGCCUGCGAAAUUGCUCUAGCCAUCACUGGACAGAUGUUGUCUCCGUUUUGCACUGUCCUGGGCCUCGCCUCCAGCACCAUAGCGUGUCUGUCGGCGGUCUGCGUCCUUGUAAUCAUAUGCGCAGAACACUCGUACUCGAUCCAUCCGUCCCAUUUACUUGGUCUAUUCUUAGCCAUUACCGCACUUCUCGAUAGCGCUAUAGCAUAUUCCCUCUUUCGCCAUAAUGUACUGGUGCAAGGCUCACUUGCUGCAGCCGUUGUCGCAGCGAAGGCUCUGUUGCUCUGUUUAGAAGAGAUUUCCAAAAGAAGGCUAUUCAUUAAUGUUGACCUCAAGAAGGAGACCGGAAGGGAAGCGACAAGCGGCUUUUGGGGCAAAGCAUUUUACGUGUGGCUUAAUGCUACCUUCUGGAAGGGUUACAAGUCCACUCUCACCCUCGAUGACCUGGAUCAACUUGACAAGAAUUUGAAAACUCAGCAGCUCUGCAACGCAUUUCGAGAUCAUUGGAGCAAAGCCCUUUCAGCGACUGGCAAUUCACAUCAUCGACUUCUCUUGUGUUUGUUGAAGACAAUUGGCCCCAUGCAUCUAGCCAUCAAUGCCAUUGUCUGCCUCCUGUCCGUUGCGAGCAAAUUCGCACAGCCAUUCAUCAUUCAAAAGGUAGUCGCAGCAAUGGUCGAACCUGACUUGGACUACAACGUCCGGGCAUCCUUAAUUGGAGCCACUGUCCUGGCGUACUUUUCUUUUGCUGUCACUCGGGUCGUUAAUCAGCAGCUCCUUGCACGGUCAACAAUCACAUUGCGGUCUUGUUCAAUUGUGGUGAUCUUUGAGAAGCUGAUGACGCUUGAUGCGAAUACCGUGCGCCAAAGCGGUGUCAUGACGCUAAUCACAGCCGACGUAACCGGCUUCCAAGCCUUACCGCUCAGGAUAAACAACAUGAUAAGCUAUGUCGCUUCAAUCGCAGGCGGCAUGGCGUAUCUUGCACUUAAUAUAGGCGAAGCUGCAGUACUCGUUGUCAUUCCGAUUUUUGCCUGUUCCAUCGUGUCAUAUGUCCUCGUAAAGCGUAUCAAAGACGCGCAGCAAAAAUGGAAUUUAAAAAUGGAGUCGCGAGUUGCGGCCAUUCAGACUAUGCUGCAACACUUCAAGAGCAUGAAGAUGAUUGGACUGAGCGGCUGGUUCUUCCGCUUCAUCAACGACAAUCUCAAAGUAGAGAUUGAUGCCUCGCGAAAGCUGCGCCACUAUAAUUCAAUUGUAUUUGGCCUUGACUUGACCAGUAUUGCUCUAACCCCUGUGAUCGUUCUCCUGGGCACGUACUGCUGGACAAGACAGGAUGGACUUGCGACUGCUGAUGUGUACGCACUGUUAGCGGUUUCGUCUAUGAUCGCUGAUCCUCUCGGUCAACUGGUCCAAGUUUUCUCGCAAAUUGCAAGACCCUUGGCCUGCCACGAUCGUAUUCAAAAGUUCCUAGUUCUGGAUAACCUAGUUGACAUGCGGAGCCGCCCAGGCGUUGAAGACGGCAGUCAAGUCGUGUCAGAGAAAAUGGCUACUACUGCGGCGUACAUCGAACUUGAAGCAGCAGCAGCUACCAUGCAAGGCUUGGAUACAACUCCAUUGGUUGAUGGGAGACAGAUUCUACAGGCCGUAGAUGCCAUUUUCCCAAAAGGUGACGUCGGUUCUGGAAAGUCGACAGUUCUUAGACUAUUGCUCGGUGAGGUCGCCGCCUCAAAAGGGCGGGUUCAAAUCGACAAGAGUACUACUGGGUUCUGUGGCCAGGUCCCUUGGCUUUAUAACCAAUCCGUUAAAGACAACAUUAUUGGACCAAAUCCGUACGCGGAUGAAUGGUACAAGACCGUAACGAGCGCAUGUGGUCUAACCGCCGACUUUGAGCAGUGGCCACUUGGGGAUAACACCAAUGCUGGUGACUCUGGGUCCAGUCUCAGCGGCGGCCAAAAGCAGCGUAUUUCACUGGCUCGAGCAAUCUAUGCGAGAAAACCACUAUUACUGCUAGACGAUGUGUUGAGCGGACUAGAUGCGCAAACAGCGCACCGAAUCUUUGAUGCUUUGCUGGGUAAGGCAGGGAUCUUGCGCAGAUCAAAUACCACAGUCAUUCUGGCUACAAAUCUAGCGGAAUACCUACCAUCAGCAGACUUGGUGCUGUGCAUUGACGGCAAGGCCAUUAUUAGCAAGCCAAAUGCUUGCCCGUCUACCGAAAACAUGUCUCGAAAAGUCGAAACACAGAUCAACAGCGACUCUUCCAUGGCCUCUUCGAAGGAAUUUGUUGAAAAGGUGGCAUCUUCACCACAAGCUACGGAUGUCUCUGUAACGCUACACGAUUUGAGAGAAACCGGCCUAAAUUUCAAAGCCAAAGUCAGGAAAGAGCGGUCCGCUCAUUCUUCUUAUUUUCAAAGUUUUGGCGUAGUGCGAAUCACUAUUUGGCUAAUCUUAGCGGCCUUUGGAGAGCUGUUUUUCAAGACUCCAAAUAUCUUCUUAAGGCUUUGGUUCCAGGACCAUGAAUCCAGCGACAAACGGUUUUUGAUCGGCUACUCCGUAAUAUCAAUUUUUGCCAUUUUGUUCUGCGCCAUCUAUAUCUGGUGGUUUCUCGCUGGCUUGAUCGCAAACUCAUACCAACAAUUACAUGACACGCUCCUACAAGCAACACUACGUUCGACCUCGAGAUUCAUAGCUGCGACCGGUGCCGGUUCCAUCCUAAAUAGAUUCAGCCAAGACGUUGGGUUUAUCAGCCAAGACCUCCCAUAUGCAUUCCUACAUGCCAUGAUGUGUAAGUCUAUCGCGUCUGUAAAGGGAAACAUACCCCGUGCUAAUUGUCGCCACAGAUAUCUUUGCUUUGGUAGUCGACCUUGGAAUCAUCGCCAGCGGCGCUGAUUAUGCGGCUGUUAUCAUCCCUGCUUUCAUAGUAUUUCUUGUUUUCCUGCAACGAUUCUACCUCUUCACGUCUCGACAGAUACGACUGUUGCAGCUAGAGGCUAUGACGCCCAUAUACACUUUGGUCACUGAAGUUAUAUCUGGCAUAGAGCAUAUUCGGGCUUUCGGAUGGCAAUCUUUCCUCAUCACUGAUUUUAUCCAACACUUGGACGACGCCCAAACCUCGCAUUAUCAAAUGAUCUGCCUUCAGCAGUGGCUAUUUCUGGUCUUAGAUCUCACCGUUCUUGGUCUUGCCACUUUAGUCGUUAGCCUUGCGCUCUGCGUACGGGAUAAGGCGUCUGCGAAUGGUCUUGGAUUGGCGCUCGUCAACAUGAUCGCAUUUAGCCAGGGGAUGUCUAUCGCUAUUCGGCAAUGGGCGGAAUGCGAAACAUCAUUAGGAGCUGUGACUCGGAUCCAAGAAUUCGAAAAUUCUGCGCCAACGGAGCCAUCUUCUGCUUCGUCCGACAUCAAGCUCAGCCAGUCGUGGCCAGAGAAGGGCGGUAUAGAAUUCACGGAUAUAUCCAUUCGAUAUGAGUAUGUUGGCGUUUUUUUACUUUACCCUCAUAUGAUCAACUACACAAGCUGACAUUUUAUAGUCCCGAAGAGGCGAGCUCUCCGAAAGUCUUGACCAACGUUACAUUCGCAGCAGAGCACGGGCAGAAGAUUGGCAUUGUUGGUCGCUCAGGAAGUGGCAAAUCAUCCCUAAUGAUGGCUGUUCUCCAAAUGGGUCAGUAUGAGGGUGCCAUCAAACUUGAUGGUGUGGACCUUGCGACGGUUCCCUAUGAACUGAUACGCUCCCGCGUCACCACGAUAAGCCAAGACCCGGUUGUCUUGCAAACAUCCAUACGAUCGAAUGUGUAUCCAUACCCCAAAGAUGAUAAUGGCAAGGUUGAUGAUAACAUCAUGAUUGAUGUUUUGAAACAGAUAGGUCUGUGGGAAUCCCUCAAGCCUCACGGUGGCCUCGAUGCUUGCAUUGGGACUCUUCAACUUUCAGAAGGACAGCUCCAGUUGCUCAAUAUUGCCAGAGGAAUGGUUCAUCAUUUGCAGACAAAGUCUACGCUUGUGUUGAUGGAUGAGAUUACAAGUCAGCUGGACUACACUACCGAUAAGCGUGUUCAAGGGGCGGUGAAAACGAUAUUCAAUAAUUGCACGAUGCUUGUCAUUGCGCAUCGGACGGAUACACUCAAAGACAUGGAUUUGAUUCUCACUUUAGCCAAUGGUCAGGCAAAUAUCGCAUCACAAACGCGAAAUUCGAGCCAAGAAUCAAGUCCCGCUCCGUUAGUGUAGGUUUGGAAUCUUUUUGGGGACACACGAUACAAACCUUUAGUCUGUAGCCUUGUAAGACGAAUUUGGAG